AUGGCCUCCGUGAACGUGAUCACCGACAGCCGCCUCUUCACCAGCGAGCCCGACCCUCGCUGGUUUGGAAAUCCACGAAAUCCGUCAGAUGCUCAGGCUCAAGGCUGGACAAACCAGAACUGGCUGAAGUCGAGAUUCCACUUCAACUUUGCAGAGUACCACGAUGGGCCCAGCAACUUUGGUGUCCUGCGGGUGAUGAACGAUGACCUGGUGCAGGGCGAGCGAGGAUUUGGUGAACACCCGCAUCGGGACAUGGAGAUCAUGACCUUCAUUGUGGACGGAGAGCUUACGCACAAGGACUCCAAAGGCAACGAGGAGACUUUGGGCCGUGGUGCGAUUCAGUUCAUGACGUCUGGGACAGGAAUCUCCCACUCCGAGCACAACUUGGCCAAGAAGCCCCUGCGGUUCAUUCAGUGCUGGGUCGUGCCCCGCAAGCGUGGCCUGAAGCCCAACUACGGCUCUAGCCUUGGUGGCCCGGAAGCAGCUGCAGACCGUAGAGACAAGUGGGCACAUAUGGUCUCCGACGAGAUGUCCUCCGUUGCGACGCAGAUCAACAUCCACCAAGACUGCAACGUCUUUUGCACAGAGAUCUCGCCCGGCAAGACCUCACCGAUCCUCAGUAUCGCUGCCGGCCGGCAGGCCUACAUGCUUUGCGUGGAGGGGGAGUUGCGAUGCCAGAAGCACAGCCUGCAACGCCACGAUGCAGCAGAAUUGAAGGGACCACUGGACCUGGAACUCACCGCAGGGCCCUUGGGAGCUCUGGUUCUGCUUUUCGAGAUGGCGCACACCCGAGAUUGCCGUGGAAGCUUCUGA